CCUCUACCAGAUUUGCUUUACUUUCCACCAGUGCAACUAUAGAUGCUGCUAUACUCUAAAAAGGAGAGAUUUUCACCUGUUUUUAUGGAUCUUUAGAUAAGAAAAAUGUCUCGAAAAUUAGAAAAAGAGUUGUUUGUAUCAAAUACGACCGGUUGUAGUGUCCUUGAGACGACUGUCAUGAUAUGCAUCGGACUUGCUUGCUGUGUGCUGUGGUCUUCGAUGAAGGUACGGAAAAUAUUUCCUGAAAAGGGAUUAGCAAGAUUUCUUUCUGAAUUCUUUAUUUUUGGGCUUGUUCCUCUGUUUGCUAUACAUAUAUCGUCAAACAUUCAUCCUUUGCUUUUAACUAUAGCUUUCUUUGUCCCUUCUGUGUUUCUUCAUUACUCCAGUCCAAUCAAUUGGAAUUACUUAAAGAGAAUCCGUAACAACAAAGGACAGCAAACCACUGACACCGCUGACUAUGAUCAUCGUAUCGCUUCAGUAACAUUUUAUCGCUCACAGAUGAUGCUUGCGACUGUCACUUGCAUCCUUGCAGUAGACUUUCCUUUCUUUCCAAGAAAGCAUGCAAAGGUGGAAACUUGGGGAAUCUCUCUCAUGGAUUUGGGUGUAGGUUCUUUUAUGUUCUCCUCUGGAACCGUUGCUGGUCGGAAAAAUGAUAUCAAACAACCCGGAGCAUUUAAGAAAGUACUCCUGAACGCUUUUAUUUUGUUUUUGCUAGGAAUCUUUCGGAUCUUUUUGACGAAAGGAAUCGAGUAUCAAGAACAUGUCACAGAAUAUGGCGUCCAUUGGAACUUUUUCUUUACGCUUAGCUUUAUGUCAAUUACAAUAUUUAUACUCAGGAAAUCUCUUUCUAAGCUUUCAUACUUUUAUCUUGCUACAUCAGUGACUGUACUCCAUCAUUUUUUGUUGGUUUGUACACCGUUCCAAAGAUGGGUGUUAUCGGCUCCCCGUACAGACAUUUUUUCUCAAAACAAAGAAGGAAUUGCAUCCUUAUUGGGGUAUACCUCAAUUUUCUUAUACGGAAUGCAUGCUGGAAGUAUAUUAUUAGUUGAUCGACCACGAAUGUAUACUCGUGCAGAAUCAUGGAAACGAUUCCAAAAACUCUUUUUUCCGUUGGUUUCUCUGAUAUCUUUAUACUUUGUUUCUGAUUUCUUUACAAAUGGGAUCUCCCGCAGGCUGGCAAACACACCUUAUGUCACUGUAGUCGCUUUUGCAAAUUUGUUUUUUCUAUGCCUAUAUUUAUUGUACGAUGCUUACAUUUUCCCUCCAUCUUUUCCUUAUUCGGAGCGUGUUCCUGUAAUCUUGGAAAGUGCAAACAAUAAUGGACUUCUCGUCUUUCUCUUGGGAAAUAUUCUUACUGGUUUAGUAAAUCUUACCUUUGACACAUUACAUAGUAGUAACGUUAAAGGAUUGCUUAUACUUACUGUAUACUUGUUUAUUAUCUGUUAUGGAACUGACAGACUUGAAGCACGUGGAAUCCGCUUUAGAUUAUAAAAUUCAUUUUUCCAUGUCUUUAUUAUGAAUUGCAAUUUCCUUUCUUUCCUUGUAUUGCAUCUUCUUAAUUCUUUUUGAGGCUUCGUCAACCAUAUUUAAGACUUCUUGUUUACACUAUGGAUUGUUUCACUUACGAAUAUUCACUUCCCUUACAACUUAUUUCCCAAUCCUCUUACACUCAUGAUAUGCUUCUUUCUUUCUUUCCGGAUACGCUUUUCAUUUUCAAUAUUCCAGCGACUAAGACUACAUAGAACUUUCUCUAUGAUCUGCUCAUUUAUAGAACCCUUAAACUCCAUGUUUAUGAUCUAUUUAUUAACCUUUCCAUCCAUAAAUGUCAAAAUAAACAGAUAAUUCUUGUAUCAUUUUCUUUUAAAACGAUAUCAUAUUC